AUGGGAGCUGAUGGCAAGACCACGGAGGCUGCGGUGCCCCAUGGCUCCCUGGGGGGAGGGGGGGAUGCUGCAGGCAGCAUUGCUGGUCCUGCUGCGGUUGCUGGUGCCGGCGAGCAGUGCGUGACUGUGGUCCUGACGGUGGUGGGUGAAGUCGAGGACCUGAGUACCGGCGUGCGCUGCGGGGCGAAGGGGAAGUCCGCGGACUGCGGUGGUCUGAGAGAGGAGCAGCGGUGCCCCCUGCAGAGUCUUCUUGCAUUUGUGAGUGCAGCAGACAAUGGAUCCUUCUCAGUGUCCCUCAUGGUGACAGAAGGGUUUCAGGUCGUCACAGAAUCCACAGGGUCUGAGCUCCUGAUGCUGGUAGGAACGGGGAUGGUGACAUUUAAGGACGUGGCUAUGAACUUCACCUGGGAGGAGUGGCGGUACCUGAGUGAGGCUCAGAGGACCCUGUACUGGGAGGUGAUGCUGGAGACCUGCAGCCACCUGGUGUCAUCAAACCUCAGUAGACAUCAGAGAUCUCAUACUGGAGAGAAGCCCUAUGAAUGUCAAGAGUGUGGGAAAACUUUUUCCUAUAAGUCCCUCCUCACUGUACAUCAGAGGACUCACACUGGAGAGAAGCCUUAUGAAUGUCAGGAGUGUGGGAAGGCUUUCCACAGUAGGUCAGGACUUUAUUGUCAUAAGCGGAGUCACAGAGGAGUAAAGCUGUAUGAAUGUCAGGAGUGUGGGAAAACAUUCUCCUCAAAGUCAACCCUCAAUGUGCAUAGGAGAAUUCACACUGGAGAGAAGCCCUAUGAAUGUCAGCAGUGUAGGAAAUCAUUCUACUGGAAAUCAGCCCUCAAUGCACACAAGAAAAUUCACACUGGAGAAAAGCCCUAUGAAUGUCAGGAGUGUGGGAAAACUUUUUUGAGUAAGUCAGAGCUCACUGUACAUCACAGAAUUCACACUGGAGAGAAACCCUAUCAAUGUGAAGAAUGUCGUAAGACUUUCCACAGUAGCUCAGGCCUUUCUAGUCAUAAGAAAACUCACAGUGGAAUGAAGCCCUAUGAGUGUAAGGAGUGUGGAAAAACAUUCUCCUCAAAAUCAUACCUCAAUGUACACAAGAGAACUCACACUGGAGAGAAGCCCUAUGAAUGCCAGGAGUGUAGGAAGACUUUCCACAGUAGCGCAGUCCUUUAUAAUCAUAAGAUGACUCACAGAGCAGUAAAGCCAUAUGAAUGUCAGGAGUGUGGGAAAACAUUCUCCUCAAAAUCAUACCUCAGUAUACACGAGAGAAUUCACACUGGAGAGAAACCUUAUGAAUGUCAACAGUGUGGUAAAACUUUUUCCUGUAAGUCAGAACUCACUAGACAUCAGAGACGUCACUCUGGAGAGAAUCUCUAUGAAUGUAAAGAGUGUGAAGGCAAAUACAUCUUGGGAGGAGAGAUCCAAUGGGAUAGAAAAGAAGGCGUCCUUAUCAAGGACCGUAAAGUGGGUGGUGUUGUAGGGAAUAGAAGAGAGAAGAGUAUAGGGAUUGGGAACGAGGGGGUGUAUAGGGAUGACGGCUGUGUGGAGAUCCUGGACCAGGUGGUAAGCCCCGGAGGACUUUUUAACCGCGAGGAUGGGAGUGUUAAAGGGCGAGUUGGUCUUGACCAGGUGGCCUUGGAUAAGAGAUCUUGUAUUGAUGGGGAGGAGGCCCAAGAGGGCCUGAGUGGAUAG